AUGGCGUCGGUGUCGCCUCCAAAACCCUGGGAGAGAGCAGCUUCUGGUGGGUCUGCAUUGUCUUCACUACCCACCGCUGGUAACCCAGCUGCCUCAACCGCCAUGACUACAACUUCGCCUUCAGCGGUCAACCCCGCAACAACGACCACCUCCUCCACCGCUCCCUCCCUGCCCUCCCGCCCUAACACUCUCAACUCCGUCGUCAACUCGACAGCCUCUAACUACUCUCCCUAUGGCGCAUCGCGCUUUGGGGCCACCACACCCUACGGGGGUUAUGGCGGCUACUCGUCGCCCUACUCCCGCUUCGGCUCGAUGGGGUCGAUGUACGGUGGCUAUGGAGGCAUGGGUGGCAUGUAUGGCGGCAUGGGGGGUAUGGGAGGGAUGUAUGGUGGCAUGCCUGGGCAGGAUCCCAAUGACCCCAACAGCCUGACCAACUCCUUCAGUCAAAGUACACAGGCCACCUUCCAGAUGAUUGAAAGUAUCGUCGGGGCCUUUGGCGGCUUUGCCCAGAUGCUCGAGAGCACCUACAUGGCUACGCACAGUUCAUUCUUUGCAAUGGUCUCGGUCGCAGAGCAAUUUGGUAAUCUGCGCAGCACCCUUGGCUCGGCCCUGGGUAUCUUCACAAUCAUUCGGUGGUUCCGCACGUUGAUCGCUAAGAUCACCGGUCGGCCUCCCCCAGCGGAUGCCACAUCUUUGACUCCUGCUGCUUUCGCAGCUUUCAUGGGCGGUCGCUCAGCGCCCGCCACUCUCCCCGAUGGCUCGCCUGCCCCGGCCAAGCCAUCCAAGAAGCCAUUCUUCAUGUUCCUGGUUGCCGUCUUCGGCCUGCCCUACUUGAUGGGCAAGCUGAUCAAGGCAUUGGCCCGGUCGCAGGAGGCAGAGGCCAAGCGCCGGCAGCAGCUGGUCGGCCCCAACGGCGAGCCUCAGUCCGCGGCCAUGGAUCCGGCCAAGCUGGACUUCUGCCGUGUUCUGUAUGACUACGCCCCCGAGACCCAGGAGAGCAACGGCAUCGACCUCGCUGUUAAGAAGGGCGACAUUGUUGCCGUCCUCAGCAAGUCCGACCCUAUGGGUAAUGCCUCGGAGUGGUGGCGCUGCCGUGCCCGUGAUGGCCGUGUCGGCUACCUGCCUGGUCCGUACUUGGAGACGAUCCAACGGCGCCCGGCCCAACAAGCCAUCACCGCUGGUAGCGAGCCUGUCACUCGCACGAGCACUAUGAAGAGCGGUGCCGCCAACGAGCGCACCCAGAGCCUGUCAUCGAUCUCCAAGGUCGGUCAUCAGCCCCCCGAGCUUAAGGGCAAGAUGGGCGACAUCUCCCCGGAGAGCUUCCAGAAGAGCACCUUCUAUUCCUGA